GACGGGGCAGGGAUGGCGUUGCAGGAAGUUAUUGCUGCAGAGCAGCCGCCUCCGCAGCCGAGCCUCUCGCCGGGACGGGCAUGGGAGGAGGCGGGUGAGCGGCACCGGGGCUCUGCUCCGUGAGCUCGGAAUCCUGCCGGAGCUAACCGCGAGCUGGAGGUGAGGAUGGCAUGGGCCAUGCAAUGCCAGAGCUGCCUGCCCUGGGGCAGCUGGAUGCAGAGAUCCCUGUCGUGGGGCAGAGGCACCCGGGGUGUGCAUGUGUGUGCUGCUUCAGUGCCAGGCACUGCAGGCAGCUGCUUCCUCAGGAAGAUCCUUCGUGCAAGCAGCAUCUCCCUCCCCAGGGGCUAUGUUGGCUACCAGGGAGGCUCUGGGGAGAAUCCUGUCCACCCCAGCUCCUCUUGCCACAGUCAGUCCCAGCUGAGGAAUGUGGCCUCUUCAGGUGCCAUCAAGAAGCACCAGAAGAGCCUGUCUGCGUGGUUCAGCCACCAGCCCAACGAAGAGCGGCAGUUCGGCCCUUCCUUCUCUCUGGAUGCCGUCCACGUGGACCCAGUGAUCCGAGAGAGCUCCCUGGAGGAGAUCCUGAAGCCCUCCCCUGACCUGACCAUCCAGGAGCAGCUCCAGCAGCCCUGCAGGCAGGUCAUCAGCCUCCACAACCUCUUCGACGUGGACGCCUGCGGGCGGCAGGUGAAGAACGUGGUGCUGUACGGCACCGUGGGCACGGGCAAGAGCACCCUCAUCAAGAAGAUGGUGGUGGACUGGUGCCACGGCCGCCUGCCCCGCUUCGAGCUGGUCAUCCCCUUCUCCUGCGAGGACCUGUCCCACAGCAAUGCCCCCAUCUCCCUGCGCCGCCUCAUAACCAAGAAGUACCAGCACCUCCGGGACGUGGUGCCCGUGCUGGGGGCUUCCAACCUCAAGGUGCUCUUCAUCCUCAACGGCCUGGAGCGCCUCAACCUGGAUUUCUGUCUGGCUGGCACGGAGCUGUGCUGUGACCCCAACGAGCCCGUGCCUCCCUCUGCCAUCGUGGUCAACCUGCUGAGAAAAUACCUCCUGCCCGAGGCCAGCAUCAUCGUCACCACGCGCCCGUCGGCCGUGCGCCGCAUCCCCUCCAAGUACGUGGGCCGCUACGCCGAGAUCUGCGGCUUCUCCGACACCAACCUGCAGAAGCUCUACUUCCAGAUGCGCCUCUGCCAUCCUGACUGCAGCGGGGAGGGCAGCAGGGCUGGCAGCUCGGCCGAGCAGGAGAACCUGGUGGAGAUGCUGUCCAGGAACUUGGAGCGCCACAACCAAAUAACGGCCGCCUGCUUCCUGCCCUCCUACUGCUGGCUGGUGUGCACCACGCUGCACUUCCUCUACUUCACCAGGACGGUGCCUCCCACCCAGACCCUCACUGGCAUCUACACCAGCUUCCUGAGGCUCAACUUCAGCGGGGAGGUGCUGGACAGCACCGACCCCACCAACAUCUCCAUGAUGAAGUACGUGGCCAAGACGGUGGGCAAGCUGGCCUACGAGGGGGUGAUGAACCGCAAGACCUGCUUCUCAGAGGACGACCUGCAGCAGUGCUUUGAGGUGGAGAUGAAGACUGAGAGCGAGCUCAACCUCCUGGAGGUUUUCCGCAGCGACGUCUUCCGCUUCUUCCUCAGCCCGUGCGUGCAGCCAGGCAAGGAGCACACCUUCGUGUUCACCAUCCCGGCCAUGCAGGAGUACCUGGCGGCCCUCUACGUGGUGCUGGGCGAGAAGAAGACCCUGGCCCAGAGGGUGGGGAAGGAGCUCUCGGAGGUCAUGGGGAGGGUGAGCGAGGACGUGGCCGUGGUGGUGAACAUCAUCUCCAAGGUGCUGCCCCUGCGCUUCCUGCCCGUGCUCUUCAACCUGCUCAAGAUCUUCCCCCGCUACUUCUCCCGGCUGAGCGGGAAGGAGCGGGACGCCAUCGCCCACACCAUGGCAGAGGAGCUGUUCAAGGAGGAGGACUACUACAACGACGAUGUCCUGGACCAGAUCAACUCCAGCAUCCUGGGCGUGGAGGGCCCCAUGCGCCACCCCGACGAGGCCCCCGACGACGAGGUCUUUGAGCUCUUCCCCAUCUUCAUGGGCGGGAUCCUGUCCCGCCGGAACCGCGCCAUCCUGGAGCAGCUGGGCUGCUCCAUCAAGAACCUGGCGGCCUUCGAGAUCGCCAAGGCCAUGAAGAAGACGGUCAUCAGGAAGAGCCACAAGGGGCUGCCCCCCUCGGAGCUGAUGGACUACCUGUUCUUCCUGCACGAGUUCCAGAACGAGCGCUUCACGGCCGAGGCCGUGCGCUCCCUCCGUGCCGUCAACCUCGCCUCCGUCAAGAUGACCCCCCUCAAGUGCUCUGUCCUGGCCUCUGUCAUGGGCACCACGUGCCACGAGGUGGAGGAGCUCAACCUGACCUCCUGCAACCUCGACAGCAGCAGCUUGAGGACCCUCUUCCCUGUCCUGCUGCGAUGCAAAGCUCUCCACCUGCAGCUCAACAGCCUGGGCCCCGACGCCUGCCAGGAGAUCCGUGACCUGCUCCUGCACGACAAGUGCGUGGUGAGCAGCCUGCGGCUGGCCAACAACCCCGUGGGCGAGCAGGGGGCUCAGCUCCUGGCCGAGGGGCUGGCGGGGAACCGCUCGCUGACCCGGCUGUCCCUGCUGCACACGGCGCUGGGCGACGGCGGCGCCGAGGCCAUCGCCUGCCACCUGGCCCAGAACCAGCACCUGCGGGAGCUCAACCUGGGGUACAACUCCCUGACGGACGCGGGUGCCCUGCGCGUGGUGGAGGUGGCCAAAAAGCACGAGGCGCUGGACAAAGUGCACCUGUACUUCAACGACAUCAGCGAGGACGGCAAGCGGGCGCUGCACAGCCUGCGCAUGGACCGGGACGGCGUCAGGGCUCUGGUGUUCCUCACGGCGGGCACCGACGUCUCCGACUACUGGUCCCACAUCCUGAGCGUGGUGCAGAGGAACCUGCCCUUCUGGGACCGGGAGCGGGUGCGGCAGCACCUCGCCCUCCUCCUGCAGGACCUGGAGAGCAGCCGCAGCCAGACUGUCAACCCCUGGAGGAAAGCCAAGUUCCUGCGGGUGGAGAGCGAGGUCAAGAAGAUGCUGGGGAAGCUGCAGGACGGGACCCUCUGAGCCGCUGCCCCGUCCCCCGGCCAGGCAGGGAGCGGUGGAGUGUGUGCCCCAGCCCCCUGUGCCCUGAUCCACAUGGAGAUCCUCAGUGGAUGGGUGCUGUCCAAGAUGCUGGGUACGUGGGGCUCAGCCCUCCAGGCUGCAGUGUGGGAAUGGUACAGAGACCAGGCCAGGAGCAAACGGGACAUUUUCUCCUGGGUUCGUGGAGCCCCAGCCCCUGCACCCCGGCCGCAGCAGUGCCAGAGGGCGGGGCUCAGGCUUGUCUGUGAAUCCUUUGGGAGCAUUAAAGUGCACCACUUUGUUUCCAAGA